AUGAUUUUCAACAACGUGAUCGAAAACCUGAACUUGCGCAUUGCGCGCUCCUUCAUCGGUCGCCACUUUCGUUUGGAAGGCAGCGGUCACCCCCGCGAGCGUGCUGGAUCCAAGUUCUCCAUCGAGAUCCGUGCCGGUUUGGCCACCUUCUUCGCCAUGGCUUACAUCAUCGCCGUGAACUCGUCUAUUGUCUCGGACUCUGGAGGAACGUGUAUCUGUGACCCUGUCGACCCUACCGAUACCAUUUGCGCUGUUGAUCCCUCUUACCUUGAGUGUGUGUCCGUCGUGAAGCGUGAUAUCGUUACCGCUACCUGCGCCAUUGCUUGUAUCGCCUGUGUCUGCAUGGGUUUCCUCGCCAACCUUCCCCUUGGUAUCGCUCCCGGAAUGGGUUUGAACGCUUACUUCACCUACCAAGUCGUCGGUUACCACGGUUCCGGAAACGUCUCUUAUCGUCAGGCUUUGGCUGCUGUCUUCGUUGAGGGUCUUCUCUUCGUCGCGUUGUCCAUUCUCGGUAUCCGUCAGUGGCUCGCUCGUGCUAUUCCCGCGUCGAUCAAGCUUGCUGCCGGUGCCGGUAUUGGAUUGUACCUUACCAUCAUUGGUCUUGCACCCAGUGCUGGACUUGGUGUGAUUGGAGCUGACUCUGCCACUAUCGUUGGUCUUGGUGGAUGUCCUGCCGAGUACCAGGAUGAGAACGGUGUUUGUUUGUCCCACAAGCUUCAGUCCCCCACCAUGUGGAUCGGUAUCUUCUUGGGAGGUGUUGUCACCGCCAUCCUCUUGAUGUACAAGGUUAAGGGUGCCAUUUUGAUCGGUAUCGGAAUCGUCUCUAUCACUUCCUGGCCUCGUAAUUCGGUCAUCACUCAGUUCCCUCACACUGAUGCUGGUGACUCCAACUUCGACUUCUUCAAGAAGGUUGUGACCUUCCACAAGCUUGAGAAGACCGCCGCUGUUCAAGACUGGGACUUUAGCAGUGGUCACCUCUGGUUGGCUUUGAUCACCUUCUUGUACGUCGACAUCAUGGAUACCACCGGUACUUUAUACUCUAUGGCCAAGUUCGCCGGUUUCGUCGACCCCCGCACCCAGGACUUCGAAGGAUCCGCCACUGCUUACCUCGUCGAUGCCUCCUGUAUCUCCAUUGGUUCUUUAAUGGGUCUUCCUCCCGUCACCGCUUUCAUCGAAUCUGGUGCUGGUAUCUCGGAGGGUGGAAAGACGGGUAUCACCGCCAUUGUUAUCGGUUUCGGCUUCUUCAUCUCCAUCUUCUUCGCACCUAUCUUCGCUUCCAUUCCUACGUGGGCUACCGGAUCCACCUUGGUCAUUGUCGGCAGUAUGAUGAUCAAGUCCGCUGCUUUCAUCAACUGGGAUUACCCUGGAGACGCUAUCCCCGCUUUCCUCACCAUCGCCUUGAUGCCCUUCACCUACUCCAUCGCUUACGGACUUAUCGCCGGUAUCUGCUCUUACAUCCUCCUCAACGGUUUCACCUGGAUUGUUGGUGUCAUCUCUGGUGGUCGCAUUCAGCCUCCGGAGCUUGACAAGAAGGAGCACUGGACCUGGAAGUUGGAGGGUGGCAUCUUGCCUCCUUGGGUUCAGCGUCUCACGAAGGGUGACACCCGCUUUUGGCGUACUGAGUACGUCGAGUCUACCUACGGCCCUGGCCAGACUGUUGUGGAGUUGCCUACCACCAGAGACUCCGCUGACAACUCUAUUGAGUUGACGUCGCAGAAGAAGGGUACCGCCACCGCCAGAACGUCGGAGAUUGGUGUCGGCGAGGUCGGCGAGGGUAGGAUGUCUCAGUCGAACGACUUCACUGCUCCUAUGGCUGGUAUGGGUAUGCAGAUGGAUAACGAGGUUACCGGUGAGCAGUACCGUGACACUCAGGCAAGGCGUUAA